GGAUAUACAUAUUCCUCGGAGAAGUGUUACAUAUGAAAUUGUUAGCCCUGGUUAUGUAAGCUGUGCAACAUGCUUCUGAACAAGCUGUGUUGGGCUGGUUUGACUUGUUACCGAGCUCCCAACCUUCCACUCAUCGUUAUGUAAGUUCUGUUAACUGCUGCUUCUGCAUCAUUUUCAGCAAUUCCCACCAGCUGCUGGCACUGGGGCCCUCCUGUGAUCUGAACACCAUAAUGUAGCCUAUGCUCUCAUAUUGCACGUACCCUUAUGCAGUGAAGAAUGCGAGACCUAACAGCUCAGGUAACGAGCAGUCUGCUGCAGUUUCCAGAGGUGACUGUUGAGACACUUAAAGAAGCUGAGACCACCCUAGAUUCUGGGCUGAGUGGGAAGUUUUCUGGAGGCAGAAGUGGCCUGGCGUGGCUGGUGUGUGGUCCCCAGCUGGAGGUUGUGAGCUCUGUGACAGGAGAGCGGCUCUCUGCGUAUCGUUUCAGCGGAGUCAAUGAGCAGCCUCCCACUGUUCGUGUGGUAAAGGAGUUUUCAUGGCAGAAGAGAACUGGACUCCUGGUUGGGUUGGAAGAAGCCGAGGGAAGUGUUCUGUGCCUGUACGACCUUGGAAUCUCCCGAGUGGUUAAAGCAGUUGUUCUUCCAGGCAGGGCAACUGCAAUAGAACCCAUAAGCAAUGAUGGAGGAGCCAGUGUGAGCACUCAGCACCUACACCAGAGUCUGCGAUGGCUUUUUGGAGUGGCAGCAGUGGCUACAGAUGUUGGUCGUGUACUUCUGGUUGAUCUUUGUUUGGAUGAUUUAUCUUGCAGUCAGAAUGAAGUAGAAGCAUCAGAUCUAGAAGUUGUCACUAGAAUUCCUGCUGAAGUUCCACAAAGAAGAGAAGCUGUGACCAGAGAAGGGAGGCAUCUCUGUUUUCAAUUACGAAGUCCUUCAGGAAUAGCAGUGUCAACCCUGAGCUACAUAAGCAGAAGCAAUCAGCUCAUUGUGGGUUUUUCCGAUGGCUACCUGUCACUGGGAAAUAUGAGAACUUUGAAGAGGGCGCACUACACUAGGCUUGCAGGAGGAAGGAUUCCUGUCUGUGCUCUUACUUUUCAAGAGCCUGAGAGUGAUCUUUGCAAUUGUUGCUACCUGUGGGCUGUUCAGUCUACACAACAAAGUGAAGGGAAUGCUCUGAGUUUACAUCUAUUGCAGUUAGCAUUUGGUGACAGAAAAUGCCUGGCAUCUGGACAAGUCAUGUAUGAGGAUUUUAAAUACUGUGUUAAACUGUACAGUUUAGAUCUUACUGGUGGAAUUUUUCCCUUGAGAGGGCAGAUCAGCAGUACUAAAUUCCUCAGCUUUCAGACCAUAGAAAAAUUUCACAACCAUGUUGACAAAGAGGACAGCGUUAAUGAAGUAAUCUCUCCUGACACCAGUGUAUCAGUCUUCAGUUGGCAAGUGAAUACAUAUGGUCAGGGAAAACCAUCUACUUAUUUGGGUGCAUUUGACAUCAAUCGCUGGUAUCAUGCUCAAAUGCCAGACUCACUGAGGCCAGAAGAAUUCCUUCAUGAUUGCCCCUAUUUUGCAUUGUGGUCACUGGAUGCUGUAAUAAGCAUGACUUCUCCAAACCUCAUUUUGGAUAUUCUGGUACAUGAGCGGAGUUUAAGUCGGGGAGUUCCUCCUUCUUAUCCACCACCUGAGCAGUUUUUUAAUCCAAGCACCUAUAACUUUGAUGUUACAUGCUUGCUGAACUCAGGAGUCGUUCACAUGACUUGCACCAGCUUCCAGAAAGAGACCUUGAAGUCUUUGAAGAAAUCUGGCCCACUAACAAGUGAAGCCAUUCAUGACAGCUACAGCAGAUGUCUCGUAGGUGGCUUGCUGUCUCCAAGACUGGUUGAUGUCCAGCCAUCCAGUUUGAGUCAGGAGGAGCAGUUGGAAGCAGUAUUGUCAGCUGCUGUCCAGACAGGUUCUUUAGAACUUCUGACUGGAUGCAUCAAACACUGGACUUGUAAAGAGCAGCCAAGUUCUGCUGUUAAUUUACGGUUUGUUCUUGAGUGGACAUGGAACAAAGUAAUCUGUACAAAAGAUGAACUGGACCAAAUAUGUGUUCCACUGUUUGACGGCUCCUGCAACUUCAUUGACCCACAGACAUUACAGUCCCUUCAGCACUGCCAGUUGCUCUUGAGCAGCCUUAACACAGUCUUAAACUGUUUUCUCACAGAAGCACGAGAGCUUACUGAGAAAGGUUUUACAGACUUCACAAAUAAGCAGCUGGUAACUAGCCUCAUUUCUUUGUAUGCACAAGUGGUCAUCUGGUUCUGUCGAUCCAGUCUCCCUCCUGAGGAUCUAGAUGACCAUGUGCGUUUGUCUAGACCUUUCUACAAUUAUCCUUUGAUUCAGAGCUACUAUACUGGUCACCGACAGAAACUUCAGCGUUUAUCAAGAGGAAAAUGGGAUUCUGACUGCUUGAUGAUUGAUGGAAUGGUUUCCCAGUUAGGAGACCAAGUUGAGAAGUUAAGUACUCACUCUCAGACAAUUUACUUGCUGCUGGAUAUCAUGCAUACCUCUCCGAAUAAAACAGAAAGUGUAAUUGACUCUUUUCUAAAUGCCUUUGCUGUCCCUUGGGGUCUCGUUAAGCUUAUUCAAGGGUUUUGGCUUCUAGAUCACAGUGAUUAUGAAAAUUCACUGGCCCUGCUCUUCCACCCAGCUACAAUCAAAACUGUGCCAUGGCAACACACGAGAAUUAUUCAGUCCCUCAUGUGCCAAGGAGAGCACAGGCGAGCCCUCAGGUACAUCCAGAUGAUGAAGCCAUCCAUGUCAAGCAGCAGCGAAGUGCGGCUUUUCCUCACUGUGCUGUUGUCCAAUAGGUGCAUGGUGGAGGCUUGGGGUCUGUUGCAGCAACAUACCACUAAAUUAAAUGUAGAAGAGCUGUUAAAGCACAUGUAUGAAAUCUGUCAGGAGAUGGGGCUGAUGGAAGAUUUACUGAAGCUGCCAUUCACAGACACUGAAAAAGAGUGUCUGGAGAAGUUUUUACAGACCAAUGCUGGUGUUCAGAAUCAUGAAUUCCUUCUAGUCCACCAUCUGCAGCGUGCCAACUAUAUCCCUGCACUACAGCUGAAUCAGUCAAUGAAGGUUAAUCUUAUGAACAAUCGUGAUCCUCGCUUGAGAGAGAGAGCAGUUGCCAGAAAUUCUCUACUAGACCAAUAUAGUAAAAUCCUUCCUACAGUUCAAAGGAAGCUGGCUGCAGAGAGAACCAAGCCUUACCGUGUGCCUUCAUCGGUCUUAAGAGAAGUCCCAAGGCCAAAGGCAUUAUCAGCAGUAACACGACAGGCUAAUGCAGGAAAUGUGCACACACGAGCAGCUUUCAUCGGUAAAGUAUUGUCCAAAUUUAGAGAAGUAUGGUUGGGAAAUGAGCAGAAAACAAGUAUCUCACAAUAUUACAGAUUGCUGGAUUUGGUGGUUCGUCCUGUUCCUUCCUGUUCUGCAGCACAGGAUGAAAGCUGGCAGACACUGUGCAGAGCUUCUACUUCUUUUGUGGUAUCCAGGCCACUGAAAUCAAAGACACAUUGCUCUGUCUCACAAAAGAAUUCUCCAGGAGCAUCAAAGCUGAAUUUACUGGAGACUCCUCUUGUGGCUAAGGUUAUUGAAGACAGUGCAGUGAAGGCAUAAAAGCUUAAGAAGCAGCACCUAAACCACCAUUAUAUGGUGAACUACAUCCAUAAGGCAAUCUUCAAUACAGCUAUGAUUCUGUAAAGCAUCAGUUUUUAUGUGGUUUGCCUGAUAAUAAAAAUGGUGAAUGUGAUGCAGCUGAGAUAGAGACCUUUAUAUAUCUCAGACUAAUUUUCAGAGUUUUUACAAGAAAAAAAAAAA